UCCCCCCGCUCCCUCCCCUCUCCUCCCCGCACCCUCCGCGUCUGACCCCGUCUCCCGUCUGGUCAAUAGCGGGCGGUAAUCGCGCAUGCGCGGCGGUCCCGCAGCACGCCCCCGCUCCGCGCCCCCCGCAGCCCGUCUCCCUCCGCCCUACAUAAGGCGCGCGCGGCGGGGCUCCCGUCUCCGCAGUGUGCGUGGGCGGGCGCUGCAGCCACCCGCGCGGCCGCGGCCCCUCGGAGCGCCGCCAUGAGCUCGGGGACCCCGUACAUCGGCAGCAAGAUCAGCCUCAUCUCCAAGGCGCAGAUCCGCUAUGAGGGCAUCCUUUACACCAUCGACACCGAGAACUCCACCGUGGCCUUGGCGAAGGUGCGAUCCUUUGGUACCGAAGACCGGCCCACAGACAGACCUGCUCCUCCAAGGGAAGAAAUCUAUGAAUACAUUAUUUUCCGAGGAAGUGACAUCAAAGACAUCACUGUCUGUGAGCCUCCAAAAGCUCAGCAUACUCUGCCACAGGAUCCUGCCAUUGUUCAGUCUUCACUGGGCUCUGCCUCUACAUCAUCAUUUCAGCCACAUGUGCCUUACAGCCCGUUUAGAGGUAUGCCACCUUACAGCCAACUUGCUGCCAGCUCUUUACUUAGCCAGCAGUACGCAGCUUCAUUAGGUUUAGAGAAAUUGGUAAGCCCUCCAGCAUCAGCAGCUGCUUCCAGUCCUAGUUCUUCUCCGUCUCCACAACCUGUUUCAGAGCCUGACAUGUCUUCAGAGCCCCAUCAGCUCUCUUCCAAGGGUGCUGGCUUCCCUUCAGUUCACCCUGUCCGCAAAAGCCCCAUGGUAGAGCAGGCUGUUCAGACCGGCCCCGUGGACAACAUCAAUUCACAGAAGCCACUCCCAGUGAAAGUAACUCCAGGGGUGCAGCGCAAUGGCCGGCAGGUCCCACAGAGCAGCACCAAGACAGCUGUAGAUACAGUUCCAGCAACGCCCGUACAAACCCAAGGACAGGUGAAUGAUGAAAACAGAAGGCCUCAAAGGAGAAGAUCAGGAAACAGGGGAAACAGGAGAACCAGAAAUCGUUCUAGAGGACAAAACAGACCAACUACUGUGAAGGAAAAUACAAUAAAGUUUGAAGGUGACUUCGACUUCGAAAGCGCAAAUGCACAAUUCAACAGAGAGGAACUUGAUAAAGAAUUCAAGAAGAAACUAAACUUUAAAGAUGACAAAGCAGAGACAGAGGAAGAAAAAGGGGAUCCUGGAGUGGCAACUCAAAACAAUGAUGGCAAUGCAGAGGAGGACCUUCUGGGACCCAACUGCUAUUAUGAUAAAUCCAAGUCUUUCUUUGACAAUAUCUCCUCAGAACUGAAGUCUAGUUCUAGACGCACCACGUGGGCUGAAGAAAGGAAACUCAAUACUGAGACAUUUGGAGUGUCAGGACGGUUCCUUCGUGGCCGCAGCUUUCGUGGUGGGUUUCGAGGUGGAAGGGGUAGCGGAGCAGCAAGAAGGAACCAAACCACUCACAGAGCUGGUACUGGCAGAGUGUAACUUCACAGGUUCUAACAUCUCUCCUGAGAAGAUGAAAAUGUACAUAGAAAACAACUGACUGCUGCACUAAUGUGGGAAAAUGGUUCAUAUUGUUUACCGUCUCAGCUCAAAUGACAGAACUUCAUGUACUACUGCUUAUAUUCUGGACUUACUUUGGACCAGCAACUGUCAGCUGGAAUAUUCUUUGGAAGAGGGAAUGUGUUCAGGGGUACCUUCUUCAGGGUGUCUUUUCGUUUGUUGUUUUUGUUUUUUAAGUGCAGAUUAACUUACAUGGUUCUUCUUUCGGGUCUCUCAAAGGCUGCUAUAGUCUAAGCUUAAAGUCAGACUCCUUUUCUGAACCCUGAAGAAGUUAAAUCAUGGUAUUUUAACAUGGAACCAAAGCUCACUUGAAAUAAACCAGCUAACUUGUUU